CUACGGACCUGGGUCUUUCGUGCGACACGUCGUCUUACUGUGGUACAAUUUCAUGCCAAGUUAUUUGAAAAUCCAUCCAUCGAUGACAAAGAUAUGGACCGGACACGAAAAUUGCGGACAGACCGACAGACUGACAGACGGUUCAAAAACUAUAGGCCUCUCUUCGGGGGCAUAAAAAGUAGGUCACUAGAUCAAAAUAAGUGACCUUGACCCUAAACAAGAGAGAUGAGACCAUUAAUAAGUUAUAUGCAAUUAUUAUUUGUUUCUUAUUAUGGAAACAAAAAAUGCACAUAUAAUUACUUAUAUUAUAACUAAUAAUUAAACCCAGAAAUUUGAGUACUAAACAAAUUAAUCAUCAAUCUACUAGGGUAGUCCAUCCACUGCUGAGGUGUAAUAGGAAAAUAAUAAACAACUUGAAUCAUUAUCUCAUUAGUGUCUGCAGACUUUAUGACCCUUCUACAGGUAAGGCCAUAAAAAAAGCCAUAAAAAACCCCAAUUAACUACUUGGAGGGCCACUGGAUAUAAAAUUAUACUAGAAAUCAAAAUAAACAAAGGGCCAUAACUCACUCAAAAAUUGUUGAACCAGUCUGAUUUUAAGGGGAACACAACUAGGGUACCAUUACAUCAUUCUGACAAAGUUUGGUCAAAAUCCCCCCAAUAGUUUCUGAGGAGAUGCCAUAACAGAUGGAAGGACCACAGGCGCAGAGUGAUUUGAAUAGCCUGAUGAUCUGAUGAUGGUGGGCCAAAAAAUAAGAGGGCAUAAAUAAUACAAGAGGACCAUGAUGGUCCUGAAUCGCUCACCUGUCCCCACAUGACCCAGUUUUGAACUGAGUAUGACGUUGUUUUUUCUAUUAUUUGACAUAGUGUCCUAGUUCUUGAGCUCAUGUGACCCUGUUUUGAACCUGAACUAGAUAUCAUCAAGAUAAAAAUUCUAACCAAUUUUCAUGAAGAUCCAUUGAAAAAUAUGGCCUCAAGUGAGGUCAUAAGGUUUUUUAUUAUUUGACCUACUGACCUAGUUAUUGACAGCACGUGACCCAGUUUCAAACUUGACCUAGAUAUCAUCAAGGUGAACAUUCUGACCAAUUUUCAUGAAGAUCCAUUCGAAAGUAUGGCCUCUAGAGAGGUCACAAGGUUUUUCUGUUUUUAGACAUACUGACCUAGUUUUUGACCACAGUUGACCCAGCUUGAACUUGACCUGGAUAUCACCAAGAUGAACAUUCAGACCAACUUUCAUACAGAUCCCAUGAAAAAUACGGCCUCUAGAGAGGUCACAAGGUUUUUUUAUCAUUUGCCUACUGACCUAGUUAUUGAAGGCAUGUGACCCAGUUUCAAACUUGACCUAGAUAUCAUUAUGAACAUUCAGACCAAUUUUCAUGAAGAUCCAUUCAAAAGUAUGGCCUCUAGAGAGGUUACAAGGUUUUCCUAUUUUUAGACCUACUGACCUAGUUUUUGACCGCACGUGACCCAGUUUCGAACUUGACCUAGAUAUCAUCAAGGUUAACAUUCUGACUAAUUUUCACAAAGACCCCAUGACAAUUGUGUCCUCUAGAGUGGUCACAAGCAAAAGUUUACAGACGGACUAACGGACGGACGCACAGUCGACGGACGCUGCGUGAUCACAAAAGCUCACCUUGUCACUUUGUGACAGGUGAGCUAAAAAUACUGGCACCUGAGUUAUGGACCUUGUGUUAUUUGAUGUAGGAGAUGAUGCAGAACAAUCGUUUUAUGUCUGAAUUGAAUCAGUUUAUUAACAACAGAGAUAUAGUGAAAAAGUAUAACAGUUAAACUGAGUAAAAAGGAACAUAAUUCAUGAAAUAACUGCAAGAUUUAUGUACCUUGUGUAUUAUGAAGAGAACAAUGAUGAGGAACAAGUAUUCUAAAUUUUUUUUCACUCGUUUUCUUCUUACCACUGUAUUCUACAUUAGGAUUUUCGUUUCCAAGAAAUCGGAACUCGCAGUAUAAACUUUUUACCUCACCCAGGGGAGGUAACUCUAGUCAAGAUGACAACGAUAUUCCCAAACCGGAAGUCACAUUUAUACAAUAAAUACAUGUGACUAACUGAGUAAAUUCAGUUUUGUUUCUGCGAUAGAUCGGAACAGAUGUGUUUUCUUGUUAAAUUUUUUGACUGUGUGGUAAAAUUUUGUGGACUUUGUUAGCCAUUAAACAUUUUCAAGUGACUCAGUCUGUUUGUAUUUUCUGCAAUUAUGGCAGAAAAAGAAGUGAAACAGAAGUUAGCGGAUGAUGAUAAUGCAUCGAUCCGUUCUAUAAAAUCGUCUUCCACUGGGAAAGGACGAAAGAAAUCUUCAAAUAAACAGCCUGAAGGUAGUGUGAAAGCUUCAUCAUCAAAUACACAGCAUGAGGGUACAGUAAAAACCUCGAAAGCUUCAUCAUCAAAUACACAUGAGGGUACAGUAAAAUCCUCGACCUCGGAUGCCUCACUUUUGGUGGAGGCUUUAGAAAACAAAAUUUCAGCAAGAUUUGAAAAAAGUGAAUCACAGUAUGCCGAGCUGGACGGUAAGAUUUCAACUUUAUUGUCUACAUUUGAGAAAAUACAGUCUCAAAUCCCUACAGAUCAAAAUAACAAUUCUACUUCGGGUAGAAUUUCUUUGCACAAUGAUUUAAAUGAACAGUAUCAAAUCAGAGAUUUUGACGAGUUGAGUUUGCAACCUGGCAAUAAUGAAAUGAGACAAAUGUUACAUGAUGGGUCAUUUAGCAGGUCUGUCUCGCCACAUCGUUCUAUUUUGUCAGAAAAUAGCUCUAAGGUUAGCCAUUCCCAAUCAGGGUUGUCCGACUCGCCUGAAGAAGGUGAAAUUGAGAGAUUUAGCAGAUAUCAAAAUAAUACAGGCAAACAUAAAUCUCCAGAAGUUUUAGAACAGCCAGAUACUUAGGGAAAAAAUUUGGACAUGAUGCCUUAGUUGCUAAACCAAAAUCGCAGGCUGGUCUUGUUUUAGAAAAGAAUUAAAUUGACAUUUUGAAACAAUCUUGGCGUUCAGCAGAUCCAUCUAAAAUGUCUUGUUAUCGGGACAGUUACAAACAGUCAUUUCCUAUUCAUGAAUCGUGUGAAGACUGGUUCAAGGUACCUACUCUUGAAAAUACAAUAGAAGUGCUAUUGACAAAGAGAUAUGGACAUAGGGCAGCUUUUGGGAAUGCUCCGUCUUUAUUUGGUAGAAAUAUGAAAUCCUUAGAAAAACUAGCUUUCCAAGGUCAGCUUGCUUCAAGAAUGGCGCUUAUUACUACUUGUUACGCUCAACAAGCCUUAGGUAGUCUUUUGGAUACACUUUCUCAAAAAAAUCCUAAUGUGGACAGUGCUGUUCAAAAUGUACGUGAUUUAUUUGCUAUCACAUCAAAAACGCUUGACCAAAUUGGGAGAUCAGGGGCUCUCCACCACCUUAUAAGAAGAAAGUCUGCCCUAUAUGACACAGGACUUAGUGAAUACAAAGACUACGCAUCUACUGUUAUGUCUCUACCUCUUGCAAGUGAUGGUAUAUUUGGUUCAGAGUUUGAUCAAAAACUGAAGAGCAAACAAGAAGUUUCUAAACAAUUAUCUGAUGUUUUACCAAAUAUUAGCUCUCGUUACAGCGGCUACUCAAACCAGUACAAGAGGAAAGGCAACACUUUACCUCCAAGAGAGUAUGUUAAAAGACCACGUCUGGAAUCUGAAUAUAAACCUAGAAGCUCAAAUUUUUCCAGAAUACCAAAGACUUCGUUCUCAUCAGGACGACGUUCAGCUACACUUACUGGAAAGCCUAUGGUAUCACAACGUUCAGAAGGUGCUCCGACCUACAAGCGCUCCGGCUUGGGGAAGGAUAUGUAAACAUACAGAGCAGAGGCAUAACAUUUUUAAGACAGGGACUUUCCAAGCAGGAUCGCCCAUCUCACCAAGGUUCAAAGAUU